AUGUCGAUCGUUCGCAAUCUCCAAUUUGUCUAUAAUAAGGCUUGUCUUCGAUUCUAUUCCAUGGCAUACUAUCCAAAUAAGACACCCCAGGUGAUCCGUGAUGAUGUGGUUAAGCUCAACAAGAUACCAAAGCGUAUUAGCUGUAUUAUAAACUUGCGUGCUGAUGAGGAAGAGAAUGGGGGCAUUGAGGGCCUCAUUGGCGAUAUUUCAGAGCUUGCAGCAUGGUGCUUGUCAGCAGGUAUUCCAAGCCUUACCAUCUAUGAGUAUAACGGGGCAAUCAAGAGUAGCAUUCCCGAGUUGCAGAGGUACCUUACCAAGAAUUUGAGAUCUUACUUUGGUGUCCCAGUUCCUACUUUUUGCAUCAAAGUUCCUCACUCCAACAUCACCCUCACAGUGGGCGACGAAAGUUCCACCCCCGACCUUGAAAUAAGUCUUCUCUCACGUGUGGAUGGAAAGCCCACCAUUGUUGAACUUACUAAAACUAUGAGUGAAUUGACUGCCAAUAAGGAGUUGUCAGUGAACGACAUCACGGUCAAGUUGAUCGAUGAGGAGAUCUGUGAACUUGUUGGGCUCGAGCCCGAUUUGUUGAUCUGCUUCAAUCCAGUAUUAGAUCUUCAAGAUUACCCUCCAUGGCACAUUCGCCUCACUGAAAUGUACUGGGAGCCUGACAACAAUAAUGUAAAUUACGCAGUGUUUAUCAGAGCGUUGAAAAAGUUCUCUCAGAGUAAGGCAAACUUGGGCAAGUGA